GCUGGGAGAGUGCAUACAUGGCUUGUGUGACAGCACUAGCACACAGAAGCGGCAAUGAAAUGCAGUCAGCAAUACAGCUGGGAGACAGGCAGCGAGUCAGGCACUGUUCCAGUGACUAAAAUGAUCGCACCGUGAGCCUGCCUGCAGUGCCUCCAAAAGUGGCUGAUUACUACUACAGGAGCUCGGCUUUCUUUGCAAUUACUCCAGUUUCCCCCCGGUGACUGCACUGUGUGCUCUGUUUUGGUUUUGUUUGCCGUUGUUUUUUUCACCCGCACACCACCACCCGUCUCCCUCUCUCUCCUCCCGUGUCCUUCUCUCCAGGAUGGCGGAAGCGGAGUUGCACAAGGAAAGGCUCCAAGCUAUAGCAGAGAAAAGGAAAAGACAGACAGAAAUAGAAGGCAAGAGACAACAGCUUGAGGACCAAAUACUUCAGCUGCAGCAUUUCAAGUCAAAAGCUCUUCGGGAAAAAUGGCUGCUACAGGGAAUUCCUGCUGGCUCUGCAGAAGAGGAAGAAGCCAGAAGGAAGCAGUCAGAAGAGGAUGAGCUGAAAGUGAAAAAGCUGGAAGAAAACAUAUACAGGCUGGAACAAGAAAUACAGAAAUUAGAAAGUGAGGAAUCCCAAAUAUCUGCCAAAGAACAAAUCAUUUUGGAGAAACUAAAGGAGACUGAGAAAUCCUUCGACAACUUGCAAAAGAGUUUCUCACACCAGGAUGGUGAUGCAGUAAAUUACAUUUACUCCCAGAUCCCUGAACUCCCAACCCUCUAUUCACGAACAGCAGAGCCAGUUCCUGGGUGGGACACAGCAAGCAGAGUAGCUGCUUUGUGCACCAUGGAAAUUAAUGUGGAGAAAGACAAACAGACAGGAGAGACCAAGAUUGUCUCUGCUUCACCUAUUGGCCCAGAUGAGGCCCAUCAAAGAGGAUUCAAAGUCUAUGAUGAUGGUACCAAGGUAGUGUAUGAGGUUCACUCUGGUGGCACAGUGGUAGAAAAUGGAGUGCAUAAAUUAAGCUCAAAGGACGUAGAUGAACUUAUGCAAAAAGCUGGACAAUCAAGUGUAAAAGGAGGGUAUGAAAUAAUGACUGUAUCAGACAGAAAUGCGGUAGCCGAUGGAAGCCUUAGCCAUAUGAAGGAGCAAAUGCUCUUCAAGGAGGCAAAGCUGGAAAUGAUACACAAACCCAGCAAAGGGCACGCUGUGAACCCUCAGACCCAAGACAAGCCCUGUGGUGGUGAAGCCCCAGAGGCCAGCACAGACCAGCCAGUGACAAUGAUAUUUAUGGGCUACCAGAACAUUGAUGAUGAAGAGGAGACAAAGAAAGUGUUGGGCUAUGAUGAGACCAUCAAGGCAGAGCUAGUUCUGAUUGAUGAAGAUGACGAGAAGUCAUUGCGGGAGAAGACAGUGACAGACAUCUCCACCAUGGAUGGGAAUGCUGCUGAGCUGGUCUCUGGCAGGCCCCUGUCGGACACGACAGAGCCCUCCUCUCCUGAGGGUAAGGAAGAGAGCCUGCCUUUGGAAGCUGCCCCAGGUACACAAAAGAAAAAGCGCUGUCAAUGCUGUAUUAUCAUGUGAACUCCUUCCCUGCUCCGGGGAGCUCCUGCUCCGUCACUUACCUAGACCUCACUGUACUUCUAACUGCAAUACUGUGAACUGGAAGUGAAUGCCUCCAUUGCCUUGCAGUUGUGUUGCUUUGCUUUCUAGUUCUUCAGGAAGAGGAGCACAUGGUUAUUUUUUCACCAGACUUACUGUUUGGGGUUUGGGAGGGUUGGGAACAGUUGCUUCUUUUUUUAUUGUUGGGUUUUUUUCCCCUUAAUAUUGCAGAGUGAGAGAUUAAUGGAAAAUGGAGCAAAUGUUUUCAUAUUUAUUUGAUUUUUAUAUAUAUUAUAUAUAUAAUGGAAACACUUUUUACAUUUUUUGUUGGAUAUCUGGCAUACUUGGUCAGAUUCCUAGGAUUCUGUGGGACUCUGAGAUUCACAGCAGCCAGAUAUAGGAGCCUUAAAAAAAAUACUGCUUCUCUUUUUUAAGAAAAAUCACAUUUAAACAUUAUUUUAUAGAUCCUAUUUUUUAUUUCUUGGGGGAAGGCUUAGAUCAUUUUACUGGUUUACUUUGCUAAAACUCAGAGUGGUCUUUCCCAAAAAGUUUGCAUAGUUUUUUUUUUAUAGUAACUUUCCAAUUUAUUUUGCCAUAUCAGAAAAACCCAUCAGCCAUUUCUGCUUAUUGGUAAUACCAAAAGUGGACCUUAAUUAUUCUUUCAAGAAAACAUAUGAAUGAUGAUUUUGCCUUACAUAGAUCUUCCAGAUUACAGUAUUGUAUGUGUACUUUAUCUCCCCAAAUUACAGUUGAAAUUAACUUGACAUGAAAAAAAUGCAGCUGUCACACUAACUGAAAUGGAGUCACUGAUCUAAUUACUUGCCUUUCAGUAACUCUGCCAAUGUUUAUACAUGAAGUUUUCCUGCUGAACUCCAGUAGAUGAGAGAUACUGCUUUAUGUUUCCUUAGAAUAUAAAUGAACUUCUCUCACAGUCUGACCCUGUUCCCACUAGAUUCAGUUCUGAGAUUCUCAGCACUGGAAUGGGGGCAGGGCCAGAGUUUUAUUCUCUCAUUCUUAGGGAAGUGUAACUUCUCAUAGAACGUCCCUCCAGUGCAUCUACACAAUGAGAGGUGGUGGGUGUGAUCCUGCCCUACUUUCUCUGGUAAAACUCCUGUGGAGGCCCACUGGAGUUUUGUUGGAGCAGCUGUUUCUGGGGAUACUACAGCUGCAAGGCUAACACUUUCAAACACCACUGGUGGUUUUGGAUGCUUCAUUUUCCCAUGUGUGAUGCUUCAAAGAGGCCUGAUUUCCAAAAAAAUCUUUCUUUACCUGUCCUCUGAAAAUAAGGCCUGUUAAAAACAGCUCAAGGUGUAAGUGUAAAAUGGCAAAGGCAUCCAAAAUCAGUAGAUGUUUCUUUGUUUCUUGGUCCUUUGAUUCUUCUAACUACAAUGAAAAAGCAGACAGCUUUUUAACACAGAUAUUAUGAUCCUGAUUCUUGUCUCACACUGCUUUUGCUUAAGUGUAGCCCCAUUCACUUUGGUGGAGUUAGUCUGGAUUUCUAACUACAGAAGUGAGACUAAAAAUCAGGAUUUGCAUUUUCUGAUAGUGUUAAAAAGUACCAAAUAUCAUUUUGAAGUGUCUUUGAAACUAACAGACUUCAAAAAUCAAUAACAGCAAC